AUAAUUUGAUAAUUAGCAAUAAUAUUAAAAAUUAUAGUUUUUUAAAUAUAUUUAAUAGCAUUAUUGAUUAUAAUAAUAAUAGUAAUAUAAAAGAAUAUCAAUUCGAAAUGGAUCCAUCAUCAUUAUCAAAUCCACAAGAUUGUAAAGUUAGCUCAUUAAAGUUAGUCUUAACUGUUAACUUUGAAAAGUCUCAAUUACAAGGUUACGUCGAAGUAUUCUCUCAAAUUAUGAGAGAUGGUGUCGAAAGUUUAAUUUUAGAUACUAAUAAAUUAGAGGUUACCAAUUGUAUUGACUUAACCUCAAACCCAAUUAAUUUUAAAAUUGGUGAAGAACAACCAAAUUUUGGUAAACCAUUAAUCAUUUCUAUUCCAGAAAGUUUAAGAUCAACUGGUAAAGAAUUCUCAGUUAGAGUUUAUUAUAACACUACUGCCGAAUCAAAUGCCUUACAAUGGUUAAAUAAAGAGCAAACUGCUGGUAAAGAACACCCAUAUUUAUUCUCACAAUGUCAAGCUAUUCAUGCUAGAUCUUUAGUUCCAUGCCAAGAUAGCCCAAGCAACAAAGUUAAAUAUCAAGCUGAAAUUACUGUUGCAAAACCACUCACUGCUUUAAUGAGUGCAUUAUCAACUGGUAAAACUGAAACUGCUGACAAUAGCAUUUAUUCAUUCACUCAAGAAAUUCCAAUUCCAACUUAUUUAAUUGCUAUUGUUGUUGGUAAUUUAGAAUCAAGAGAAAUUGGACCAAGAUCAAAGGUUUGGUCAGAACCAUCAAUGGUCGAAGCUGCUGCUUACGAAUUUGCUAAUACAGAGAGAUUUAUUGCCACUGGUGAAGAUUUACUCACUCCAUACGUUUGGGGUAGAUACGACAUUUUACUUUUACCACCAAGUUUCCCAUACGGUGGUAUGGAAAACCCAUUAUUAACUUUUGUUACUCCAACUCUUCUUGCUGGUGACCGUAGUCUCGAAAAUGUCGUUGCUCACGAAAUCGCCCACAGCUGGUGCGGUAAUUUAGUUACUAACCGUUUCUGGUCUGAAUUCUUUUUAAAUGAAGGUUUUACUGUUUUUGUUGAAAGAAAGAUUAUUGCCCGUCUUUAUGGUGAAGAGAUGUUUGACUUUGAAGCUAUGAAUGGUUUAAAACAUUUACACGACGACGUAGAACAAUUCAAAAAAAUUGAUCAAGAACCAUUAACUGCCUUAAAACCAAAUCUUGACGGUAUUGAUCCAGAUGAUGCUUUCAGCUCAGUACCAUACGAAAAAGGUUUCAACUUAUUAUGUUAUCUUCAAUCAUUAGUUGGUGUUGCUGAUUUCGAAGCUUGGUUAAAAUCAUACAUUGCUAAAUUCUCAUAUCAAAGUAUUAUUGCCGAUCAAAUGAAAGAUUACUUUAUUGACUAUUUCACUGAAAGAGGUAAAGCUGAUGCCAUCAGUGUUGUCGAUUGGGACUCAUGGUUCAACAAACCAGGUAUGCCAAUUAAUCAAGUUUUAUUCGUCUCAGAAAAAGCCCAAGUUGCUAAAGAUUUAGCUGAAAUUACUUGGUCAAAAGAACACGGUAAAAAUGCCACUGAAAACGAUCUCAGAUCAUUCAAGACUCAACAAAUCGUUUUAUUCUUAGAUACUCUUCUUAACAUCACUGUUGACAAACCAUUACCAACUGAAGUUCUCGAAAAAAUGGACUCACUCUACCAUCUCACUGAAGUUCGUAACAGUGAAUACAAAUUCAGAUGGCAAUCAUUAUGCUUACAACAUGGCCUCAAGAGAAUUGAACCACAUGUUGUCGACUUUUUAACCUCCCAAGGCAGAAUGAAGUUUGUUAGACCACUCUACCGUGAAUUAAAUAAAGUCAAUCCUCAAUUAGCCAAAGAUACUUUUAUAAAACAUAAAUCUCAAUACCACAUUAUCGCUUCAAAGAUGGUAUCAAAAGAUUUAGGUUUAAAUUAAUUUAAUUUUAAUUAUUAAAUUAACUAUUUUUCAAGAACAACAAUAAAUAAUUAGAUUUAAAUACAAUAU